GUUAGACAUCCCAUUCUCGAGCUUUGCUCCUGUGAGCUUAACGAUUUCACAGCAAUGACAGACCGAACACAAGACCUUGCUGCUGCGGCAGACCGCUUCUUGGCAACAGCUUCGCUUCCGCCAGAACAAACUCGCAAGCUGAGAGAAGCUAUCAUCCUGGGGCGAUCGCGCGCGAGUUCAGGGCCUACUGGCAGCUUUGCGGUUGCGGCAAAGGGAGUCGAGGACAGCAUUCGGACGCUGGGGGACAGCAUCCGCAGCAUGCAGCGGGACUACGCCAAGGAAGCAGGUGCGCUGGCCACGCCCGAUCCAGCGAAGGAUGCGGCGGAGGCGCAGGUGGCGGCGUUCGUCAAGCGCGUGGGCGGAUACAUAGACCGCCUGAAGGAGGCGGUGGCGGCGGCGCAAAAGGGAAAGCAGGGGCUGGCGGCGGCCGGCGGCGGCGGCGGCGAGGGGCCGCAGCAGCGGGCCAACGAGCAGUCCGUGGCGCACAUGACCGGAGUGGUUCUGAUCCUGGCUGAGCGCCUGCACCGGUCCGCCGUGGCCUUCGACCGCCUGCGUGCCGCGCGCUACCAGGCGCUGCUGGACCGGCGCGGGCCGGGCAUGCUGCCGGUGCCGCCAGCCGCCUCGGCGGCCACGGCCGCGGUGCUGGCGGCCGCGGCGGCGACCGGCUCUGCUGCAUCGACUUCGGGGCGUGGCACGGCAAAGCUGAACGGCGACGGGGGUCCCCGGGGCUACGGACCGGUGGCCAGCGCGCGGGCGGCGGCGCUGGCGGUAGCGCGCAGCGGCUGGCAGCACCUGGUGGGAGGCGCUGGUGGAGGCAGCAGUGGUGGCCUGGCAGGCUCGGCCGCCGGCGGCAAAGGCGCUGGGGGACCGGGGCCAGGGCCAGGGGCUGCGGACGGCGUGGACGGCGGCGCGGAGGCGUGGACGGCCGGUCAGGCUCAGGAGGUGGAGCAGGAGAACAAGGCGUUGCUGGAGCGUCUCACGGCCACACGGAACGCGGCGUUUUCGGUGGAGCAGUCGGUGCGGGACGUGGCUGCACUCAACCAGAUGUUCAGUACGGCCGUGUUGGCACAGGCGGAGACCAUUGAGAGCAUCUACAUGGCUGCGGUGGAGGCCACACACAACAUUACUCGCGGCAAUGAGUCUCUCACAAAGACUGUUGCCAUCAAUCGCUCCAGCAGUCGCUACAUACUUGUGCUGCUGCUGGUGGCCACUGCCUGCCUGCUGUUCUUCGACUGGUUCAACAGCUAGCUAGGCGGUUGGGCAGGUAGUUGGGAUGGCGCUGGUGGUGUAGUGCUCGGUGGGCGGGCGAGGCAAGGCGUUGGUUGGGUACGCUGGCUGUGCGUUUCUGCCGUGGUGUGCCGCUGCGCGCGCGGCGGGCGGGUGGAGGCGAGGAGCGCAGGCGGCACGGCCGUGGAAUGCGCGAUGGCUGGCGUGGCGAGUGGUGUGCGAGGGACAUGGGAUUCAGCCAUGAAUGGGCGAUCGCAAUCGCUACAGGCGUAAGCGCGUGAUCUUGGCACCGAAGGCCUCCCCUGCUUGGCACGGUCUUGGACAAAUAAUGACGUUAACUAACCCACGGCACCGACCUCACAACACACUGUUAACUGUG